AUCUGCGAGACAAUCAUGUAUAGUUCAGAAUUUGAAGUUAAGUUUAGGAGAGGAGAGAUGGAGGAAUUUAGAGUUGGAGAGCUGAGACAUAUACUGAUGACGGUUUUCUUGUCGGGAUUCGCCGAAUACUUGCUUAGGCCAGUGAUGACUGACGUCACCGUCGCCGCGGUUUGCUCCGGCCUAAAUGAUUCAUGUUCUCUCGCCGUCUAUCUCACCGGAGUACAACAAGUGACGGUAGGACUUGGGACAAUGAUAAUGAUGCCAGUGAUUGGAAAUCUAUCCGACAGAUAUGGAAUCAAAGCAUUGCUCACUCUUCCAAUGUGCCUCUCUAUUCUUCCUCCAGCAAUAUUAGGGUACAGAAGGGAUACCAAUUUCUUUUAUGCAUUUUAUAUAAUCAAGACUCUAUUCGAUAUGGUCUGCCAAGGCACCAUUGACUGUCUCGCUAAUGCUUAUGUGGCUAAAAAUGUUCAUGGCACAAAAAGAAUAUCAAUGUUCGGAAUUUUAGCAGGUGUCAGCUCAAUUUCCGGAGUUUGUGCAUCACUCUCAGCUCGUUUUUUAUCCAUAGCUUCGACUUUUCAGGUUGCAGCUAUAUCAUUAUUCAUUGGCCUGGUGUAUAUGAGAGUUUUCCUAAAAGAGAGGUUACAAGAUGAUGAUGAAGACGAUAGUGGUGAUGGUAGAAGUCAUCAAGAGGUUCAUGAUGGUGAAGAUCUGAAGAUGUUAUUAGCAGAGCCGGUACUAAGAGACACACCAACUAAGACACAUGUCUUCAACACUAAGUAUUCGUCUUUGAAAGAUAUGGUCAGCUUGAUAUUGAAUAGCACCAUACUCAUUCAAGCAUUGGUUGUUACAUUUUUUGCUACCUUCUCGGAAAGUGGAAGGGGGUCUGCUCUCAUGUAUUUUUUGAAAGCCCGUUUUGAGUUCAACAAAAAUGACUUUGCUGAGCUAUUUCUGUUGGUUACCAUCAUUGGCUCCAUCUCCCAGCUGUUUAUACUGCCAAUAUUGGUUUCUGCCAUUGGAGAACGUAAGGUGUUAUCAACAGGGCUUCUUAUGGAAUUCUUCAACGCGGCUUGUCUCAGUGUUGCUUGGUCACCAUGGGUUCCUUAUGCCAUGACCUUGCUUGUGCCCGGAGCCAUGUUUGUGAUGCCAUCGGUUUGUGGUAUUGCCUCAAGACAAGUUGGAUCCGGUGAACAGGGGAAGGUCCAAGGAUGUAUAUCCGGGGUAAGGGCUUUUGCUCAAGUUGUGGCUCCAUUUGUAUAUAGUCCAUUGACGGCGUUGUUUCUCUCCGAAAAAGCACCAUUCUAUUUCCCUGGAUUCAGCAUUCUAUGCAUCGCCAUCUCUUUGAUGAUCGGAUUCCUUCAGAGUCUCCUGAUAAAAGAUCAUCCUUCUUCGCCCUUAGUAAACAUAGCAAUCAACAACCCUUCAAAAGCGGAAGCUUGACAAGAGGUAUAUCAAGAAGCAAAUGUAACUUGAAUAUUGUCGAAAUUUGCUUAAAAUUUAAUUUCAACGAAUACUACAUAGCUAGAAAUUGUAAAAAUAACUUGGUUACUAAAUUGGAUACCUUAUUUGUUCCA